AGCUUUAGCAAGGCCGACGGCCAUGCUUCCUGUACUAUGCACCCACGUCAAGGGCCUGUCUCUGCCGCGUCUUGAGGACUCGUUGCUGGCCAAUGACUGGGGCCCCGGGUGCAUGGUCUGGGACUACUGGGUCCGGCACGAGGCCCGGGAGCUGACGGUGGACCCUUGGCAUUGGGACACUCCCCCGGAGCCAGCGACGCGCAUGGUGACCGGCAAGAGGAAGGUGGCCAUGAUCAUGCCGGUGCCGGCGCAGCCCAUGUGCCCGCCGGAGACACGGGUUACGGUGAACUACACCGUCUCCCUGGCCCAUGACGAGCAGGGCAGGGACCAUUUGUCGGUGAAGUCCUCGGCGGUGUCCCACGACGUGCCGUACGGGGAUCACUUCAGCGUAGACGAGAAGAUCGAGAUGGUCCGGGAGGCUGACGGGGUGCUUGUCACCAAGAUGUGGACCGCGGACUUUGUGAAGCGCACCUUCCUGCGGGGGUUGAUCGAGUCCAGGGUCAAGCUCUCGCAAGCAGAUACCUGCGAAAAGCUUAUGGCGAUCCUGCAGGCCUACGCGGAUGAGUCCUCACCCCUGGAUAGCUUGGCCUCUCCCAUGUCAAGUCCAAAGGACAGCGAAGGGAAUGCGGCCCUGCUGGAAAGCGACGGUGAGGACUUCUAUUCCAUGGGCGACGAAAGCUGCGAGGAGGGCGACGGUGAGAAAGAAGCCGUGAGCACCUCCCGUGCCUUGAUGAACUACUUGGGGGAUGCCAUUCUCAACAUCAAGGCCGACAGGCCCUCUCUCCAAGAUUGGCAGAGGUUCGAUGCCGAGGUUUGGGAGCUCCAAAGGAGAACCACCAUGUUCCACGAUGACUGGCGCUCCCCGUUUCUGCCCCACGACAGCCAGAAGAGAGCUCGCUGGGUGGAUGAGAGGUACCGGAAGCACUGCUGGGUGCUUCUGCCUUCCCACCUUGCGGCGACUGCGGAAUUGCCGCCCCUGCAGUCGCCACCGGCCAUGGGCUCCCAGGUAGCGUGGCACGUCGCAACGGAUGGUGAGGCAGACAAGGAUGGCUGGCAAUACGCCGCAGACUUCUACAAGAAGAAGUCGAAGUGGGGAGUGAAAGCCGCCAUUUACCUCUGCCGCCGGCGCCGCUGGAAGGCCACGUUCGUACGCAUCCCAAAGGUGGUGACGCCUCGUGUGAUCACCGUUCAGCUAUGGGAGCUCCAGCGCAGGACUACGAUCUUCCAGAGCGACUGGCGGGCGCCCUUCCUGCCACACGAUGCCAUCCGCCAUCGAUUUCGCUGGGUGGACAUGGACUUCAACGUUCACCCCUGGUGUCCACCAGCCAACACCCUGGCGUCGGCGGACAAGCCGCCCAUUCGGGCGCCAGUUGGAUGGGAGGCAGAGGGCUGGGUGGUGGCGCAGCCGCCCGGGAGCUGCGACUCGGGCCGCUGGCAGUACUCCUCGGAUCUGAACCGCAGCGACAAGCGCUGGGGCUCGCAGAGCACGGGCCUCGGCUGCCGGCGCCGGCUCUGGAGCUGCAUCUUCACGGAGGGAUGCCGCUUGGAGCUCUGAUGGGAGCUGAGCCGCGGAUCACGGAUCCAGCCCCAAGAACCAACGGAACCUCGGCUGGUGGGUUUCUCACUCC